CAACGCUCCAACACUUCCCCGCUUGAAUCGUCCCUACCACCUCACACCAGCAACUAUCUUGUCGCAAUUCUGGAGCAGACCUUCAAUUGACGUCAUGGCUUCUUUUGGUGGUGCAGGCCUAGGACAGAAAGUCAUUAAGCCCAAUCCUCCUGAGCGCGGCUCUUUCCCCCUCGAUCACGACGGCGAGUGCAAGGAUAUAAUGCUAUCCUACCUCAGGUGUAUCAAAUCACACCGCGGAACGAACGAUUCCGAGUGUCGCAACCUAUCAAAGUCAUACCUGUCCUGUCGGAUGGAUCGGAAUCUGAUGGCCCCUGACUCGUUCAAGAACCUUGGCUUCGGAGAGAAUAGUGACAGCCACCCUACCUCUGCUCCGACUGCAACCCCAGCUCAUCCACCGCAACCCCAAGGGCACGAUAAGCCCCGCACUUCCUAGAUAUGCCGAUUCAGUACGGAAUGAAGGGUCUCGAUCACCUAUUGAUUAGUUCGGCACCAACCGAGCAGCCGAGAAACCACCGA